AAUAAAGCUACCAAUAAUGCAAUCAUUCUCAUUAUUGGCGUGGUCUGCUUUAUCUUUCUUUAUGUAUUAGAUUCCUUCCUAUCAAUAAAGCAGUCAAGAUUGACGCCCUUUACUCUUUAUGUAACUAUACCAGAGUUCUUGAACUUACACAUAACAAAGUUGAUCUCUUCACUCCUAACCCAAUUUUCUGAGGAUUGUCCCUUUGGUUACUUCAUUUCAUUUCCUCUAUUUCCUUCUUUCCCACAAGCAAAUCAUGUCAGUGAUUGGAGAGGCUGCUCUAUCAGCUUUCUUUGAGGUGCUGUUUGACAAGUUAAGCUCCUCUGAUUUGUUGAAGAUCUUUCAGCAAGAGCAAGUUCAUGCUGACCUCAAGAAGUGGAAGACAACGUUGCCGAAAAUCCGUGCAGUUCUGGAUGAUGCAGAGGAUAAGCAGAUGACAAGCAAGUUCGUGAAGAGCUGGCUGGAUGACCUGGAAGACUUGGCUUAUGAUGUGGACGACAUCUUGGACGAGUUUGCUACUGAAGCUUUGCGACGUAAGUUGAAUGCAGAAGAACCCAGCACAAGUAAGGUACGAAAGUUCAUCCCUGCUUGUUGUGUGGGUUUGAAUCCAAGUUCUAUCAUGUUUGAUGCCAAUAUGCGGUCCAAGAUUAAUGAAAUCAAUACAAGGUUGCAAGAAAUUGUGACACAGAAGAAUGAUCUGGAAUUGAGAGACUGUGCUGAAGGAAGGACUAGAACAAAAAGAUCAAGGGUGCCCACUACAUCUCUGGUGAAUGAAGUUCAUGUUUAUGGCAGGGAUGGAGAUAAAAAGGCGAUUGUCAAGUUGUUGCUGAGUGGUGAAUCGAGUGAUGCUCAACUCUCUGUGAUUCCCAUACUUGGUAUGGGAGGGUUGGGUAAGACGACUCUUGCCCAACUAGUCUACAAUGACGAUGAGGUGAGCCGUUAUUUUGAUUUGAAAGCAUGGGCUUGUGUUUCUGAAGAUUUUGACAUUAUAAGGGUGACUAAAGCAAUUCUACUAUCUGUCAUUUCUGAGCAUUGUGAUGCUAAUGAUUUAAAUUCAAUACAAGUCAAAUUGAAGGAGACAUUGUCUGGUAAGAAGUUUUUGCUCAUUUUGGAUGACGUUUGGAAUGAAAACUACGAUGACUGGACUAAGCUACGUAGUCCAUUUGAAUUUGGGGCUCCAGGAAGUAAGAUUAUUGUCACAACUCGGAAUUAUGGUGUUUCAUCAACAAUGGGAACUACCCCAGCUUAUGAGUUGAAAGAGUUGUCAAAUGAUGCUUGUUGGAAUUUAUUUACCCAACAUGCAUUGGGGGCAACAGAUUUUACUGCACAUCCAAAACUUGAAGAAAUUGGUAGAAAAAUCUUAGACAAGUGUAAGGGCUCACCUUUGGCAGCAAAAGUACUUGGAGGCCUUUUACGCACUAAACAUGAUCAUGACGAGUGGAAAGAUGUGUUAGAUAGCAAGAUUUGGGAUAUUCCAGAGGAGAAGAGCAGUAUUUUUUCAAUUCUUAAAUUAAGCUACCAAUAUCUCCCUUCACAUUCAAAGAGGUGCUUUGCUUAUUGUUCACUAUUCCCAAAAGAUUAUGAGUUUGAGGAGAAAGAAUUAGUUUUGCUAUGGAUCGCAGAAGGUUUUUUCCAAGAAACAAAAGGAAAUAAGCCAAUGGAAGAUCAGGGUGAUGAGUGUUUUCGUGAUCUACUUAGGAGAUCAUUUUUCCAACGAUCAAGCAACAAUGAAUCAGUCUUCGUCAUGCAUGAUCUUAUCAAUGAUUUAGCUCAAUGGGCAGCAAGAGGCUUGUGCUAUAGAUUGGAAAACAUAUUGGAUAAGCAAUUUGAGAUUUCUACAAAGGUACGUCAUUUCUCUUACAUUCGAAGUUAUUUUGAAGGCAUGAAAAAGUUUGAAGACUUCCCCAAAGAUAUGCAUUUACGGACCUUCCUACCGCUGCCAAUAAAUCACUCGGGCUACUUAACAAACUACAUUCCUAAUUGUUGGCUACCACAAUUAAGAUGCUUAAGGGUAUUAUCUUUAUGUGGAUAUGAAAUCGUUGAGCUACCAAGUUCAAUUGGUGAUUUGAAACAUCUAAGAUACUUAAACCUUUCUGAUACUAAGAUUACAAGUUUACCAGAAUCCACAACUUCUUUGUACAACCUGCAGACAUUGCUAUUGAAAGGUUGUUACCGCCUUAUAAAGUUACCAGAGAAAAUUGGGAAUCUACUCAAUCUUAGACAUCUUGAUAUUACUAAUGUGAAUUCAAUUGAAGAAAUGCCAGCAGGAAUAAAAGAAUUAAAGAGCCUACAAACAUUAUCUAAUUUUGUUGUGGGGAAAGAUACCGCAUCUAAGAUAGGAGACUUGAUGAACUUGGAGUCCCUUAGGGGAACACUUUGCAUUUCAAAUUUAGAGAAUGUACUUGAUGUUGAGGAUGCAAAAAGGGCCAAUUUACUUGGUAAGAAAAAUUUAGAUGCAUUAGUGAUGAAAUGGAAACCUGAGCUUGAUGAUUUACAAGUUGCAAGAUCUAGUCUAGAUAUUCUUGAGAUGCUACGACCUUGGACAAAGGUGAAAGAAAUUUCAAUUGAUGGCUAUGUUGGAGCGAAAUUUCCAACUUGGUUUGGACAUCCGUCAUUUUCUAAUAUGGUGCUUCUAAGGAUUGAGAGGUGCAGGAAAUGCACAUCCUUACCUGCAAUUGGACAAUUACCAUCCUUGAGAGACCUUGCCCUCGUAGGAUUGUCUGCAGUGGAAAUCAUUGGUCUUGAGUUUUAUGGGGAAGAUUGCCCAAAGCCUUUCCAAUCCUUAGAGACAUUUUGCUUUAAGGAUAUGCAAGAAUGGAAAGAUUGGAUUCCAUGCAAAGUUGAGUACGAAGAAUUCCCUUGCUUGCGUGAGCUUUCUAUUUCUCAAUGUCCUAAAUUGCAAGGAAAAUUGCCUCACCAUGUUCCAUUAUUGGAAAAAAUUUCUAUUAAUGGAUGUGAGCAAUUGGACGUUUCAAUUCCAAACUUCCCAAAGCUUCAUGCAUUAGAAAUUAAGGGAUGUAAAGGGGUGAUGAGCAGAAGUACAGAUGAGUUAUGCUUUCCAAAGUCAACUAUUCUUUCUAUUCCAUAUGUGAAAAGCUUGACGGAGGAGUUCAUGCAUGGGUUAGCUAAGGUAGAAAAUCUAGAGAUAGAUAAUUGUAAGGAGCUAACAUCUUUGUGACAGGAUGAAUCCCUUAUAACGCUGGAUAUAAGAGAUUGCUCAAGCCUUGUCAACAUCAGCUUUACAUCUACUUUAAGGACACUAAAUAUUGAUGGUUGUAGUGGUUUGGAAUCCUUGUCAAUCUCUAAUUGUACAUGUUUGGAAAAGGCAAGCAUUAAGAGAUGUAAUUCUUUGACGUUGAUUUCAAGAGGUCAGUUGCCUCAAAAUUUGAAAACGCUAAAUAUAAGUAGUUGUGAGAAUUUGCAGUUUUUGGUAGAUGAGGGAGAGGCUUCUUCUAAUUCUUCUUCUCUUCUUGAGGACUUAUAUAUUGGGGGCUGUCCAUCUCUAAAAUGCUUAUCAUCAAGUGGCGACCUACCUACCACGCUUAAACGCCUUCGGAUUUCGUCAUGCAUAGAGCUCGCAUCUUUAUCAUCAAAUAACGAGUUACCUAAAGCUCUUAAAUGCCUUUAUGUAUACAACUGUCCAAAGAUGGAGUCAAUAGCGAACAACUUACCCAACAAUGCGUCUCUUGAAUAUCUUGUAAUCAUAGACUCUGCAAAGUUGAAAUCCUUACCGGUGGGCCUACACAAACUCUGCCACCUCAAUCAGAUAUGGAUAAGGAAGUGCCCUAGUUUUGUUUCCUUCCCAGAUGGAGGGUUACUCCCCACCAGCUUGAGGGUUACCGGUGGGCCCAACUGCACGCCGAACCUCAAUUCUCUUGGUAUCGUCGAUUGUCCAAGCGUCAUAUACUUUCCAGAAGAGGGUUACCCCACCAGUCUAACAUCACUCUCAUUUGGCCGGGAGAAUAUCUGUAAGCAAGUAACUGUGUGGGGAUUGCACAGACUAACCUCUCUUACAUCACUCUCUAUUUAUGGUGGAAUUCCAGAUUGGCAGUCGUUUCCAGAUGAGCAAGAUGGGAAGCUGACGAUGACGCUUCCUUCCUCUCUUACCAAGCUAUCGAUUUGGAGCAUUCCAAAUAUAGUAAUUCUAUCUUCUUUGGGCUUUCAAAAUCUCUCUGCUCUUGAACUAUUGCACAUCGGAAAUUGCCCUAAACUCGCAUCCCUCCCAGAGAAGGGCCUACCUCCCUCGCUUCUGCAACUUCGUAUUUACGAGUGUCCAUUGCUGAAACAACACUGCAAGAAAGGCGGGCGAGAGUGGUCCAAGAUAGCCAACGUCCCUUGCGUUGAGAUUGAUGGGAGGUCUGUCUAUGAGGUGGAGGAGGAGCAGCCAUAAAAAAAUUGUAAAACAAAGAGCAAUAUUUACUCAUAAUAGUUACUCCUUCCUUCCAGUGUUGCAGCAGAGACUAGCUUUGGAACCACUAAACGUUAUAUUGGAAUUUCAAAACAUGGAGUGACUAGCUUCUGAACUGAUAAACCUUCUAUUGGAAUUUCAAAACGUGGAGGCUACAUAUCAUGUUCUGCGACCCGAUGAUCAGUGGAUGUGCACAAAAUGUCAUUUCAAACAAAUAUUGUGCCUUGCAUAGAUUAAUCAAAGCAUUGUCACCUGUGCUGCAAAUGGCAGCCACUCUUUGGGCUAUUUGGAAAGGCAGUGUUAUAGAGCCGUGCUUGAAGGAAAGUUUGGCUAUGCUUCUCAAGCUCUUAAUUAUUGCAAGCACAUGGUCACAAUCUGUCAAGAAGCAAUAGCUGGGAAUCAUUCCCUAACGUAGCUUUAAACCUCCAUUCUACAAUUGGAAACGAUUUGUUGAAUUUAAGAUCAGAUAGGGAACCGAAUUUCUGAUCAAUUCAUGGUGGCUGGUCCUCUUCUUGACCAGAACUUAAGGCUUUGUCUCUGACUCAGUAUCCAUGUUGAAGAGAAAAUGAAUUUCUUGAUGUGGUGAAUCUUGUUUGAUUUGCUGAAUACCACUAAUAGAUGAUAUUGCAAAUUGAAGCCACCCUACUAGCAAAGUUGCAGAAUCAAUCAGAACCUUCUUAGACCAAUGAAAUUUAUUGGUUCUCCAAUGGUUAAGAAGAAGGGCUGGUUCAACAUAUUGAAGAGGUUCUUUAUAAGGGAGACAAACUCAAAACAAGAAACGGUAAAGAAAUUUGCUUAUUUGUUCAGUUUUGGUCUUUGAUUCUGCUCCUCACUGCUAGAACGAUUAUCUGGAAAGGAGAAGGAAAUGGAUUUUUGGAGGGCUUAAAAUCAAAAGGUUAUCCUCGCUCACUGCACCAUCAUCAUUAAAUGAAAGAAGUCUAGGUGAGGCUGAGGAAGAGCUGAGCAAGCAUGCUCUUGCUGUAGCCCAUGCUGCCACUGCUGCUGCUGAAGCAGCUGUUACAACUGCUCUAGUUGAUGCUGAGAUUGUCCAGUUCACCAGCACCCCUCAAUAUAACCAUCAAUGUGUAAAUGAAUUGGAAGUGUUUUCAGUCAUUAGAGUACAAGGUGAAGCCCCUCAGUGCAACUAUCAAUGCAUGAGAGAGAAAUCCAUGAAUUUGCUGCCACCAGAAUUUAGUCUGCCUUUAGGGGUUUACCUUGUGAGUUUAAAGAAGGAGGAGGAGCAGCAAUAAUUGUGCAAAACAUAGAGGAAAAAAGUUCAGAUAUUUACUCCUUCCAGAGACUAGCUUCUGAUUUGAUAAAGCUUCUAUUGGAAUUUCAAAACGUGGAGGCUACAUAUUGUGUUCUGCAACACGAUGAUCACUGGAUGUGCACAAAAUGUCAUUUCAAACAAAUAUUGUGUCUUGCAUAGAUUGAUCAAAGCAUUGUCACCUGUGCUGCAAAUGGCAGUAUUGUAGAGCCAUGCUUGAAGGAAAGGCUAUCAAUGCUUCUCAAGCUCUUAAUUUCUGCAAGCACAUGGCCACAUUCUUUCAAGAAGCAAUGGCUGGGAAUCAUUCCCUAAAUGCUUUAAACCUCCUGUCUAAAAUUGGAAAUGAUUUGUUGAAUUUAAGAUCAAAUAGGGAACCAAAUUUUGGAUUUUAGUUGAAGUUAGUAAAAAAAGGUAGAGUUGCGUGCAAGGUGUAAGCUGUAUUUGCAAUGAUCAAAUGAGGAACCAAAUUGUGGUACACUGUUUUAGUUUGUUGGCUAAAAAGAAAUCCAUAGUACUUCCUCAGGCAAGUCGUGAAAGCUCAACCCAUGCACUUAUUAAAGGUGUGGUAGCUGCAGUUAUAACUACUAGCAGAGCUGAGGUUUGCAGCCUUUGUUGUGCACCACCAAGUUUGGAGAUUUGAGCAGUUAAGUAAGAAAUUUCUGUGCUGCAUUCAUGAUUUUCUAAACUCUGGGUUGAACAAAUCCCUGGCAAAUCCUUCAAAUGCUUGUUAGCUUGCCAAUUCUACAGCUUCCUCUUUUACGUAGACUGUUCCUCUUCUUGACCAGAAUUUAAGGCUUUCUUCCUGAAUCAAUAUCCAUAUUGAAGAGAAAUAAAUUUCUUGACAUGGUGAAUCUUGUUUGCUUUGCUGAAUACCACUAUUAGGUGAUUUUGCAGAUUGUUAAGAAAUUUUUAAAUUUCAUUCUCAUUCUACAAAGUACUACUGUACAAUUGCCAUAGCAUUAAUUUCAUGGAAAUUUGGGCAACUCGACAAUUGCUUCUGCAAAAUGGUUUUGAGGUUCAGCCUUAUUCUACUUAUUAUCCACUUCUCAAAUCUUACAUGGAGUAAAAGUUUACAAGUCAAUUGUCAAUUAGUUCACUGACUAAUCUGCUCCAUUACUAGUAAAUAGUAUUCUGUAUUGGUAUUGGUCUUUUAACUUCUUUAUCUGAACUGAUGCAUGUAUGUAGUACCAGAAGCCACCCUACCAGCAAAGAUGCAGAAUCAAUCAGAACCUUCUUAGAUCAAUGUAAUUUAUUGGUUCUCCAAUGGCUAAGAAGAAGAGCUGGUUCAACAUAGUAAGAGGUUCUUUAUAAGAGAGACAAACUCAAAACAAGAAAUGGAUAGGAGAAGGAAAUGGAUUUUUGGAGGGCUCAAGAUCAAAAGGUUAGCCUCACUCACUGCACCAUCAUCAUUAAAUGAAAGAAAUCUAGGUGAGGCUGAGGAAGAGCAGAUCAAGCAUGCUCUUGCUGUGGCCCAUGCCACCAUUGCUGCUGCUGAAGCAGCUGUUACAACUGCUCUAGUUGCUGUUGAGAUUGUCUGGUUCACCAGCACCCCUCAAUAUAACCAUCAAUGUGUAAAUGAAGUGGAAGGUUCAGUCAUUAGAGUUCAAGGUGAAGCCCCUCAGUCCAACUAUCAAUGCGUGAGAGAAUGCUGCCAUUAGAAUUCAGUCUGCCUUUUGAGGUUACCUUUUGUGUUUAAUGAAGGCAAGGAAAGCUUUGCGGGGAAAAGGAAUUAUGAGGCAGAGCUGUAAGAUGCCAAACCAUAACUACCCUAAGGCUCUUGCAGUCCAUUGUAAUUAUUCAGUCACAAGGCUGCACAAGAAUAUUUGGAAUGGUGGAAGGCACUUGGAAUUAUGUUGGAAGUGAACAAUCGCAGAAUUGGAAAGACAAGAUGACAAGGAUAGACACAAACAAACAAAGAAGUUGGGAUGACAGUGUAUUUUCAAAGGAAGAGGCAGAUGCAUUUUUUGAGCGGGAAAGAGGCCAUGCUUAAGAGAGAACGGAUAAAGGAAUGGUGGUUUAUCCAUCUGAAGUCAGCUGAUAUGGAUUGAAACAUAGUAAAUGGAAGAUGGAGGCACUGGUUGGACCAACGGGUAGAUACACAAAUUACCCUAAGAAGAGAACUUGAAGAUUUGGACUCGGCUCUGACUUCAAACCCAAGACAAAGAGAUGACUAUGAAAGGAGGCAACUUAAGCUAGGAAAUGUUAAGUGACCGAGUAAGUUGGAAGGAUUGGAUUCUCCAACAUUUGCUCAUUGGGAGGCAAUGCUCAUUGGGAGAUCAUAAUUCUUUCCAACUUACAUGAAUGCAACUGAAUCUGCAAAGGCAAAAGCAAGAUCAAUGAGCUCGCCAAAAAUUAAGGCCUAGGAAUCUCAAUACAUGCUCUGAAAGAUAUUCACCAUAUAAAAGAAUAAACUCAAAUCCUCUACUACUACUGAAGUGGCAAGUGGUGGUAGGAUUGGCAAGACUAGUGAUUUCUAGCAAAGAUCUCCAGGUCCUACAAAGUACAAAAUCCAGUUGGAAGGAAAAGGAUCUCAGCUUCAACUUAGAGUGCUCAUUGCAGAUUUUGGAUAGACAUGGCUUCAGAUGAUUUCAAAGUGUCAGGUUGGAGUGGAGAACAUAGUCUGUAAUUUAAUCUAGUUUGAAUAGUUAAACAAUGGGAUGCUAUUUCACCUCAUCAUCAAAUGAGUAGCUCACUGUAAUGCAUUGUAAUUCUACUCUACUCCCCUAAGUGUAUUGAGUUUUGGUUGUAUGA